AUGUUUGAAUCAAUUAUCAAAAAUUAUAAUUAUUAUUUAAAUUAUUUUAAAUCUAUAAAAUUAUCAAAUUUAUCAAAACAAUUUAAUUUAUUUAAAUCUACUACUACUACUCCUUCAGUUAAAGAUCUCAAAGAUAAACCAAAGGAAAAGAAAAGAACUUGCUUUUUAUGUAAAGAACCUUGUUUUAUUUGUAGAGAAAUUAGACCCAUAAAAUCAGAAAUCAAGAAAAGUUUCAAAAAUUCAUAUUUUGUUAAACAUAAUCCAUCAAAGUAUAUUAAAGGUGAAAUUCAUAAUAUAAAACCAGAUUUAUACAAGAGUUUCAAAAAAUCAAGUUUACUUAAACAUUCAAAAUUUGUUAAAUCUGAAAUUAAGAAUAUUAGACCAGAUAUAGUCAAAAGUUUUAAAGAAAUUCAUUCACCAGACUUUAUCGUAUUUGAUCCACCACCUAAGAAACCACCAUUACCCCCAAAAGAAACUGAUAUCAAACCAGUAGUGUUAUUUUUAGAAUUAAUCAUAUUAAUGGCACUUCCAUUUUAUUUUAUUGUUAAAUAUAUUGAACAAUUGACUUCAGCCGAAUUAGUUGAAAAAUUUUUAAGGUCAUCACCGAAAGUUAAAUUAUAUAUCAAGACGGAAAUACCUAAAAAGAAUGAAGAAAUAAAAGGAAUUGAUUGGGUUUGUAAGAUUUGUUCAUUCAAUAAUCAUAUACCGAGUGGAUUCAACUGGGAUGAAGAAGAACUACCCAAAUGUAUAUCAUGUGGUAUACGGCCAACCAAAAAGUACAUAGAAGAAAUAGCGAAUUCGUCAAAAGAAUCAACACCAGCAUCAACAGAACCAAUAAUAUCAGAAUCAAAUAAUUUUCAGACAUCUCCAUCACCUGCAGUUCUGACAUCAGAAUCUACCCUAGCAAAUGGUCAAUGCCCAACUUGUACAUUCAUAAAUCAUAGAUACGUUAAAUUCUGCGAAAUGUGUGGAACUGAACUUUCAUCAUCAUCAACUUCAGAAUUGAGUCAAUCAAUGAACGACAUAUCACUAGAAACUAAUCCAAUGAAAUUGAAAUUAGAAUCACCAGAACUAUAUACAAACAAUAAACCAUAUGUCAAAAUAAGUUUUCGAAAAGGUGGUGAACAGAAAUUUUUUCAAGAAGUUGCCAAUUUAAUAGAUGAAAUUAAAUGGGAUAAUUUACGUAAAAAAGGUGGCAUAAAUCAAAAUUCUAAAAAAUUACAACAACCAAAACUUGAAAUCAAAAGAACUGGAGCAGGGAUCCAUGCAUUAGAAUUGAUAGGUGAACAACAAAGAAAGAACAAUGAAGUAAUACUAAGCUCUUCAUUAGAAGAUUUGGAGCAAUUAAUGUUCAAGUUCAAAGAUAUACUACAUUUAUCAUCGUCAUUUAAUGGGUUAAUAAACAAUAAAGUCAAUAUCACCAAAAGUCUACCACCUAUCAAUAUAAGCAAAUCAUCUAAUUUAUAUCAUAAUGAACUAAGUCGACAUAUCAGUGAAUAUCUAGUAAACUUCAAAUUGAUCAAGAAUUCAUCCAUGAUUACAUUACAAGACUUAUUCGCAGAUUAUAAUAGAUUUCUAGUUAAGUCUCAAGGAUUUGGAUGUGAGUUAGUAGAUGUAAAUGAUUUUCAAAAACUGGUGGAUUUAUUUGAUUCAUUAAAUUUACCAGUUGUGCAAAACAAAUAUGAAAAAAGUGAUUUAGUAGUAAUCAAACCAAGAAUUCAUACAAAUGCAUAUGAUGAAUUCAUAGUAUCAUACCUAAACAAUCAAGAACAUCAAUAUAAAAUCAAUAAAUUAAGAGUAGAAAUGAUUGAUGAUAACGAAUAUGAUAGAGAUUAUAGUGGACACGAAAAUGGUAAUUAUGGAUGUACAAUAUCAGAAAUUUCUCAUUUUUUCAAUUGGUCGUAUAAUAUUACAAAAGAAGAAUUAGAAAAAUCAAUUGAAAAUGGUCAAAUUGUUAUUGAUCAAAAUAUUUCGGGGACUUUUUAUUAUGUUAAUAAAUUUUCAUCAACUUUCAAUUGGGAUAAUCUGAAAGAAAUUGAACAAAUAAAAGAAGAUAUUGUCAAAGAACAAGAUGAAAUUACCAAAAACAUGAAACUGGAAUAUGAGAGAUUGAAAUUGAACAAUUUGGUGAAUUUAAAUCCUGAAUAUGAAUUUGGUACAAUAAAUGAUGAACAAUCAAUAGUUAGUGAAUCAACACCAGUAACUAGUCAUAUACCUUCAACGAUUUCUUUAAAUGGUUUAGAAGGUCUACAAUUUUAG